CAAAAAUCACUUCCGGUAGUGCCAGGCUUCCGUCUCAUUAUGUGUAAAUCGUGUAAAUCAUGUAAAUCCGUAAAUUCAAUAUGGCGGCAACUUGGAGGUUUAGUAAGUUGCUUUUGCAGGUCAGAAAACCCGCAAUUUUCUUAACUUCCCGGCAAAAAACCCUGUCAGAGUUACGCUUCAAGGCCUUGAAUCACUCAUUCAAAGCGCAUUUCUCUUCAUUGACUGACGAUCAAGGUAAAAACACCUUAGACAACGCAAACAAAUAUUCGCCGUCUUCAUCGGAAAUGCUGAUAGAUUAUGUCACCCAACUAGAAGAAAAUCAAGAGAAUGCAGAUUGCGCUAAGGGUUUUUCAAAUGAUAGAUCAAGGCUAUUACAUAAAAAAAAGCUUUCUUCUAUUUUUCAGUCGGGUAGACCUCAUAUUCUUGGUUUCUCUUUGGAGGAAUUAAAAUCCAGAAUCGAGAUCUUGGAGGCAUCAGGAAUAAAUGGACAAGAUUCGCUGAACAUUGCCACCGCAAUUCCAUCUCACCUUGACUUCAGUGCUCACAGUUUUAAAGAUAUAAUAGAGAUCUUAAAAGAUUUAAAUUGUAAUGUGGCUGAGAUUGUCAUAAAAGCCCCCUUUAUCUUUGGCAUGGAUUCUGAAAGAUUGUUGAAUAAUGUGAACAGACUAAGGGAAGUUGGUAUAAUGUCUCAAGUCAUUGGUCAAGCUAUCACUCAUAAUGCAGUCAUUGCCGUCUACCCCUUAACUGACAAUGCUGUUGAUGUGCUCAGGGUUUUAUUAACAUCUUGUGAGUUCGAGGACGGGGUUCUUGAAUUUGUUAAUGAAAAUCGACACAUGAGCAAGGAGGAAUUCCAAUUGAGGCUACUUAUACAGCCAGUGGAUGAAACAAGAGAGCAGGCUGUCUUAGGGGAAAACUUCCAAGAUCUUGCACGCUUUUUACGAGAACUCCAAAUCUCACCAUGUCUUAUGGUUCUGAAUUACCCAUCAUUCUUCAGUGCUGAUAUCCAAAAGUUGAAUGAUGCUUUGAUGUUUUUCACUAGUAGGCCCCUACUUUUUGAGACGGAAAUGAUUCAGAAAUUGAUGGUGACAAGGACCGAUGUGUUUGUCAACUUUGACAGGGAGGUUUACCAACAGAGGGUUGAGCUUUUGAAGGGUGUGCUAAAAACUCCUCGUCAAUUGUACAUGUUACUUCAGAAGUACUUCUUUUUCAGAGGAGACAUGAACUUAGAAAAAAAUAUCAAGAUAUUGCAGAGUCAUGGUUUUGAAAGUGACCACAUGGCAAAAAUUUUAACAACCAAAGACUUCUUUACUAACCAAGAAGAUAAAUUGGACAAUAAACUCCAACUUCUCCUUAGUUUAGAUUCUGUUGACCAUGAUGCCAUUGCCAAUUCUUCAUUCUCUCUGUCAAAACCAAUGGAGUUUCUUAGUCAUAGAAUUGAGUUUGUGAAGUCUAUGAAGCCAGAAAUGUUGAAUAAUACAAAUCUUGACAUCUUAUUUGGGACGGAUGAUGAUGAGUUUGUUCAUAGAUGUCAAAGCAGCUUAGACAAGUAUUUGAAGAAUGCAAACCCUGUGAUAUUAAUGAAGACAAAAAAGAGAGGUCCUAGGGCAAAGAAAAAAAUUACAAAAGAGUAAUGGAUCAUGAGUGGGUUAUCAAAUUUGCACAUUUCUAAAUUAAAUUAAACCAAAUGCAAUCUAAAUGCAAUUAAACUUUAUUCCAAAUGCAAUAGAAUAAAUAGACAUUGUUUUAAUCUGGAAGUUUAAUGCUGUAUGUAUGUAGUUUGUCAAAAGAGAUAAGCAUUCAAUAAAUACUAUUUUACUAGUCACAUCAUGUAGUCAUGCAAUGUAUCCAACAGUAGUUUUGCCAGAAAAUAUUUAAAAGUAAUAUAUCAAAUAAAAUGCCUCGGCUAUGCAGCAGGAGUGUGGCCAGGGGGUUGGCCUAGGCCCCCCUUUUAGCAGCCAAAAAUAAAGUAACUGUAUGAGACAUCUAAAAUACAGGAAAAAAUGCCUCGAAAGUCCUAUUAAUAAUCCUGGCCAUGCCUCUGUGCAGUCAUCUUAAGAGGCUAUAUAUAUGUAUCAAGAGAAAUUAUGACUUGAUAAGAGAAAGAGUUUAACUCAUUAAUUAAAAAAAUAAAUUCUGAAUGUGCAGUGUAAA